AUGCCUUCAGUUUAUUACAAUAAAGGAAAGGGGGGGUCGUCUUCCUCGCGAAGUUCUUCCUCGCAGACAGUUUGCAGACGAGCAAAAUUCUUCCGGUUCAGAGGUUUCCAGAUCUGCACGCCUUGCUCCGCCUCGCUACGCUUCAACACGCCUUGCAACGCCUUCUUACGCCUUCCCAUCGCUAAACGUGCAACUCGCGAAACAGCCGACCGCCUCGGGCGUUUUCCUGCCGCCUCGCGCCGACGCGCGCGAAGGCAUGCCUUUGAAAACACUGAUACAUAUAUACCCUCCAACAUGAAGCAAAAGAUAUUAGUGAAGGUGCAAAUGCACUGA